CCGCCGCGUGGAGCCGCGCUGCCUGCUCCCUGCCUGCUGCCUGCUCGCUGCCUGCUCCCAGCCCAGCCCAGCUCGCCGCCGCCGCCCCCCCCCCCCCCCAGCCGUGCCCCUGCGGGCCGGCGGCGCGGGGAUGGGCGCGGGGCUGUGAGGGCGGCGUGAGCUGUGGCCAUGGGGAACAUCUCCUCCAACAUCUCCGCCUUCCAGUCCCUGCACAUCGUCAUGCUGGGCCUGGACUCGGCGGGGAAGACCACGGUGCUGUACCGGUUGAAGUUCAACGAGUUCGUCAACACCGUGCCCACCAUCGGUUUCAACACGGAGAAGAUCCGGCUGAGCAACGGGACGGCCAAAGGCAUCAGUUGCCACUUUUGGGACGUGGGUGGGCAGGAGAAGCUGCGCCCGCUCUGGAAGUCCUACAGCCGCUGCACCGAUGGCAUCAUCUACGUGGUGGACUCGGUGGACGUGGACCGGCUGGAGGAGGCCAAAACAGAGCUGCACAAGGUGACCAAGUUCGCCGAGAACCAAGGUACCCCGCUGCUGGUCAUCGCCAACAAGCAGGACCUGCCCAAGUCCCUGCCGGUGGCCGAGAUCGAGAAGCAGCUGGCCCUCCACGAGCUGACCCCUUCCACCACCUACCACAUCCAGCCCGCCUGCGCCAUCAUCGGCGAGGGGCUCACGGAGGGCAUGGACAAGCUCUACGAGAUGAUCCUCAAGCGGAGGAAGUCCCUCAAGCAGAAGAAGAAGCGGUAGAAGCCCCGCGGACGCGGGGAGGGAUGGGGAAGCAGACAAAGGAACCGAGGGGGAGAGAGAACCAAAGCGAUUCUUUUGGGUUUAAUCGUUAUUAUUAUUAUUUUUUCCUCUUUUUUCUCCCCCCGCCCCCCCCUUUCCGAAUGAAAAGACAAUAGUGGUGACAACAAAGCCGCUCCCGCCAGCCAAGCCCACAUCCCGGCUGCGGGCGAGAGCCGGCAUCUCCCUUCUCCCACCGCCCCUUGCCGCGGACCGCCGUCCUCCCAAGGGCCGGAUCCGGAUCUCCUGGGGCCCCUGGGCCGGGCUGGAGACGUGCUACCGGGCCGAGACCCCCCUCCGUCCUUCGAGACCACCGAGCUUUUUUUGUGUGCCGGGGGCGAACAGGGCAGGACCCUGUUGAAGUGCAUUUGAGAGAAGCCCAGCGUGCUUCUGGAUCUUUAACGUGUGCAUUUUUUGGGGGGGGGGGGAGGGGGGCGAGGAUGCUGUGGGGGGGAUGAAGGCAGCACCCGGGUUUGGCAAGGUCAGCGGUGAGGGGGGCUUCCCGAUACUUGCCCGCAUCCCCGCAUCCCUCCCCCGCGUUUGUGGGUGGGAAAGGGUGUCGAAAGCGGAGGGGGAGGGGGGGGUGGACCAGCACAAAAUGUCUUGGGGGGGGGGGUGAUGGGUAAGAGGACAACCCCCCCCACUCCCCCUCCUGGCUGGUGUUUUAGGGUGCGGAUGGGUGCAGAGCAAGGACAGGCAGCCUUCAGCCGGGGGGGGGUUGCUAAGCCUGCGGCUCCGGGGGUGCCUAGCAGCUGCUGACCGGUGCUGAGCUUUAAGCUGUUUGCUUAAAAAAAAAAAAAAAAAAAAAUCAAAAAAGGCAAGGGUUUUGGGUGAACGCUGCUGGAAGUGUUUGGGGGGGGGGGGGGUGUCCAGGAGUCCUCCUUCUCAAAGGCUUAAUUGUGUCAUCUUCUGAAGCAAAGCCCCGAGCAGGUCUUUAUCGUGCCCAGGCAGAGGCAUGCUCCAAGGUGCUAAUUUGCUCCAGCUGGGGUGAUCCAAACUAGGGGUUAUUUAAAAAACAAAACAAAACAAACAGAAAAAGCAAGCGUCUACUGGUCACUGUGCUGUCGGUGCAAGAGGUCAGGGCAGCGCUUGCUAAACGUGGGGUUUUGGGGGGGUCAUGGCAGGGCAGGACGGACGGACAGCUGCCGGCACUGCCUGCUGAGAUGGCCAGAGCUUGCGAAAUCUCUGCUGGAAAGGGACUCGGCAGCGCCGGGAAAAUGGCAGGGUGUGAGGAGACAUGGGGGGGCGGGGGGGUAACAUUGGGGGGUGCUAGUUUUUUAUAAAGAUUUAAACCCGAUACAAAGCAGAGAGCCCCUUGCUGCCAGCAGUAGCUGUGUGGGCUGCCUCUGCCUGCUGAGCGCCCGGGGCAGGGUCAGGCCCCGCUGCGUCCUUCUGCAGGUGAAUUUUGGUACCUGGAAGGGACUGGGGACCAAAAAGCCAUUUGUUGUCUGUGUUUUGGCCUGGGACCCAGCUCUCUGGAGGAGAAAAGCAGGGUCGUGGCUUUCCAUGCUGCCCACGGAGCAGAAGCAGGCAGCCCUCAGGGGCCAAAUACCCUGAGUUUUGAGCCACGCAGUCUGGCAGGAUUUUCUGGUGAUUUUACACCAGCCUUCCCAUUUGAAAACCCCUUCCCAGAGCAGCCAAGGAGAAACCACCAAGCAGACAAAAGAAAAAUGCCCUUCGGGUUUCAGGGAGUUGAUUCUCCCCUUGCAGCAAUGAGCGCGGCGGCACCUUCCAAAUAGCGGGUUUUUUGUUAGGAAACAAAUGUUGCAGCCAAGUAGUUAUUUCUCUUCUUGCGGGAUUUGAGUUCCCAACGUGAGUCCUGACUUGUGUGCUGAGUGAGUGGGCUGGUCCCAUCAGUUCAGGUGGCUCUGUUCCCGCUUCCUUGGGUUUUCUUUGCUUUGUCUUCACCUCCAACACUUUGGUACUUGCUGUCAAGAGAGGAAAAAAAAAAAUUAUUUAUUUUUGAUGCCACAGAAGCCACGUGCAGUAACCCUUUUUUUGGAGAGCGACACAUUUUAGAGGUGAAACAUAAAGCUACGUUUUCUCCACCAACUCAAAAGUGAUCAGGUUUUAACAAUGACACGUGCAGGCUAUUAGUUGUGGGUUUUGCCUCCUUGCUGUCAAGACAUAGGUCUUGAUUUAGCAAACGCUGGCAUGGAAAGCCCGGUGGCAUGCAUUUACAGAGUUCGGUCCUUCCUGGGAGUUUGUUACACCCAGCUCAGCUGAGCAUCCCCUUGGAGAAAUGGCUAGUUUUUGGCAGAGCACUGAAGCGUGUGCUGAACUGUCAGCGCAGGCUUGAAGCUUCAGCUGAGCCAGGUGGGACGCUGUGGUGGUGCCGUUCCUACCAACUCUGCUUUCUGCAAUAAUUAAAAAGACUUUUCCAAUUAGUA